AUGAGACGCUCUCGAGAACCACCGCCAGCACCCCAGCAAACACAAAAUGACGUCACUCGUCACCAAGAAGUCCAGGCCGCGGGCACCAUCCAGCGCGUAUAUCGGGGUUAUCGAACUCGGAGGGAAUUGCAAGGCAACAAUAUCACAGCCACCAGUCGGUGGAUGGAGAACACACAUCAACAACCAUCCAUCCCAUAUCCCGAGAAUUCAGCACCCACAGAGUGCGAAACCACUCCAAGUCCAGCGCGCAAAAAUUGGCAACGAGCGGUCAGCGUAGCCAUCCAAGCUGGAGCCACCGGCGACUCUACAUCCUCUGUUCCCCCGAUGAAAGCUGAUCAAUCCAACCAACAAAAGGGAAAGCGGGGAGUGACAAAAAUAAUGGACUUGCCAUAUUUUCUCGAAAUGGUCGAUGGAAAACACAGGCAUGGGAGCCACCUCCGUGCCUACCAUGCAGUCUGGAAGGAAUCCCCUUCAAGUGAGAACUUCUUCUACUGGCUUGACUAUGGCGAAGGGAAAGAUGUGGAAGUUCCACGAUGCUCCAGGGAAAAGCUUGAGAGAGACCAGGUCCGCUAUCUAUCCCCAGAGGAGAGACUGAAGUAUCUGGUCAAGGUGGAUGACGCCGGAAUGUUUCGCUGGGCGAAAAAUGAUGAACUUGUUCAAACGAACAGCAAGCGAUUUAAGGAUAGCAUGCAAGGGGUUGUUCAUGUGCAAGAUGGUACUAUACAAUACAGAGGGAAUGGAGAGGCAUCGAGUCCACAGUCCCCUUCGUCAUCUCCUUCCCCAUCUCCACCAGGAACUUCUUCCCCAACGCCUGUUGAUGACAAGGAAAACGAUGGCCCGCAACUAUCGACGCGGGAGGAUUAUGAGCUGAACAAAGCCGUCAGCAAAUUCUCGCGAGUUAAGCCCACUGCCAUUUAUGAUCACUUUACUGGCAGCUUUUCGACAAAAGACGACAUGUGGAUAUUUGUUGCUGAUACUUCAUUCCGAAUCUAUAUCGGCAUCAAAGAGCCCGGUGCCUUUCAACACUCCUCCUUUCUCCGCGGUGGAAGGAUUUCGGCAGCCGGUAUGCUCAAAAUUAAGAACGGUCAACUACGCAGUCUAGCUCCAUUAAGCGGACACUAUCGCCCUCAUCUAGCCAACUUCCGAGCUUUCCAUCAUUCCCUCCAAGAGCGAGGCGUCGAUCUAUCUCGCGUUUCCAUUAGCAAAUCCUAUGCGAUCUUGGCCGGCAUCGAGGGAUACACCCUUACGAAGAAGAAACUACACAGUGCACAUGACAAGCUAGACAUUGUCAAGGAUAAUGCCAAAGAUAAUGUCAAAGAGAAACUUCACAAACUCCAUAUUUCUGACACCCAGAAUUCAAAGACAAGCGGAGAGUGA